AUGGAGAAAAUCAACUUGGAGCGCAGAAAGUCCUGCCGAAAAGUGGAGAUGGAACAGGAGGCACUGUGUCAGCAAUUUUUCGACAUUGCUGGCAACCCUACGGCUGAAAUGGAGGAAGGCGAAGAGGAACAAGCAGUCACAGAGAGUCCAUCUGAACUCAACCGCAAAAUCUCUGACCGGUUCGAUAUCCGAAAGAUGUCAGCGCAAAUUAAUCGCUCGAAGACAACUGAUAUGACCUCCACCCUUAGUAAGACGCCCACGAGGCAAGGCAUUUCUGAUAAAGGCGAACUUUGUAGCAUCAAUUCUGCCUCAAAUCGCAGUCUGGAGACUGUCGGUUCAUCUCAUAGUGGCCAUUUACACUCCUUCACCAAAAGCCCAUCCUUCUCUUCUUUGCCACCAGACGAGGAGAAGCUGAGGUUUCGUUUCAGUCAGAGCGACCUUGCCCAGGCUGCCUCCACGGAACGUAUCAGACGUGCUGUUUCCCUCAAAUGUCGUCGCAGACCUACAGUCAGUACGCUGCAUCCGCUUUCUGAUAUGCCAUUGCCCCCCUCCUCCCUCAGCCCGAAAACAUCAACGUACUCUGCAGCCGGUGGCCCAAAAUCGACGGCCAACAACAUGUAUCUGUUCAGGAGGCUGUCGUUCAACAAAAAAGCCCAAAUGCGCGAACAGCGUUCCUCCUCCACGACGCAGAUUCGGAACAGUUUAAGCAACCUGCUCGAGACGUCUGCCUCGGAUACAGGCCCCCUUUCACCGCCUGCGCAGGAUCUGCCGGAAUGGCAAAUGGCACUGGCCCAGAAACGCCGGGAGAGACUGGCCCAACUACAGGCCUAUCGUGAACACGGUUGCUGGAAUACUAGUACACAGGCGGUUGCUGCGCUCCUCUCAGGCUGUCCCUUCAGCCCGGUGCCAGCAGGUAGCUCGGUUCUUUCGCAUGCCAGCGAACUCUCAACUGAACAACAGAAGGCAGAGGAGGGAGAGAAUGAGUUGGAGUAG